AUGAGGAUUUUUGUGGUGUCAGUGCUGGUGGCCGUGGCUCUCACCCUGGCCGAGAGCCGGAUUGUCUCUAAAUGUGAUCUGAAGAGGCAGCUGGAGGAGAUCAGCCUCAACAUCUCUGAGAAAGCCCGGGAAAAAGGACUGACCAACGAGGACUAUAUGGCCAAAAUUGUCUGUCAUGUGGAGAAGUCGACAGGUUUUAACACCAGCGCGGUGAGCCAGCAGGUCAUCGACAAGACGAGUACGGAGCCUCCCCGCAGGGGCAAGAGGGCUGCUGGUGGUGGGAAGUUCGGCUUGGCUCAUUAUAUGACCCAAACCACGCCGGGGCCCGCCACGUCCCUCUGGACGCUGUACGGCAUCUUCCAGUGGAGCGACCACCUGAUCUGCUCCUCUGACGCCUCGCCGUCGCCCAACAUCUGUGAGAUGAGCUGCACCAACUUCAUCGAUGACGAUAUUUCUGAUGACAUUGAGUGCCUGCAGAUACUCAAGAGGAAAUUGAUUACAAUUCUGUUCCAGAGGGAGUGCUACUCUGUGACUGCCACAGAGUAUUUUGCCGAAUGUUGA